AUGCGUCCAGAACUACACAGAACAGACGUCGAAGAAGAACAUCUUCCUCAUGAGCAGGAAGAAGAGCCACAGCCCCACCCCAUUAAAGAGGAAGAAGAUGUACCACAUUCCCAUCACAUUAAAGAGAGAGGAGAGGAGCCACAGCUCCCCCAUAUUAAAGAGGAACACGAGACACCACAGACCCAUAGUGUUAAACUGACCCUUCACAUUAAAGGUCAAGCGGCGGACCCACUGAUCUUACACAUCACCAAUGAAGAGGAGGACCCACUGACCCCUCACUUUAAGGAGCAAGAGAACCCGCUAACCCCACACAUUAAAGAGGAAAAGGAGGACCCACUGACCCCCUACUUUAAAGAGGAAGAGGAGGACCAAGAGCCGCUGCGUAUUAAAGAGGGAGAGGAGGAACACCGCAUCAGUCAGCCUAAAUGGUUGGAGGAGUUCCCAGUGACUGGUGUCCCUGUGAAGAGUGAAGAUGAGGUUGAAGGUGAAAAUAAGGAGAAGAGAGAGGCGGAGCCUCCAAGCAGCAGCUCAACACAACACAUGCCAACAGAAGCUGAUGGAGACCACUGUGGAGGAUCACAAGCAGACAAGAUCUUAGCUCCAGUAUCAGAUAGUGAGGACACAACGUCAAACUCUCCUGACACUGAUGAUGAAGACUCUAAAGAUGAUAAGACAUGUCACACUGACAACACCCACUUGAAAUGUUCUCACUGUGACAAAACCUUUAAAUACCAUAGUGAUCUGAAAAGACACAUGAGAACACACACUGGGGUAAAACCUUUUACCUGUUCAUUCUGUGGUAAAGGUUUUGUAGCAAGUCGCAAUUUGAAAAGACACAUGAGAACACACACUGGAGAAAAACCUUUCAUCUGUUCACUCUGUGGUAAAGGUUUUGUACAAAGUCACAAUUUGAAAAUACACAUGAGAACACACACUGGUGAAAAACCUGUUAUCUGUUCAUAAUGUGGUAAAGGUUUUACACAAAGUCAACAUUUGAAAGUACACAUUAGAACACACACUGGUGAAAAACCUUUUAUCUGUUCAAUCUGUGGCUCAUCUUUUACAAGGAAGGAAUAUUUGAAAGUGCACAUGAGAACACACACUGGAGAAAAACAUUUUUCCUGUUCAACCUGUGGUAAAGGUUUUACACAAAGUCAAUAUUUGAAAGUACACACGAGAACGCACACUGGUGAAAAAUCACAUUCCUGUUCAAUCUGCAACAGAAGCUUUUGUGACCAAUCAAACCUUGUAAUACACAUGAGAACACACCCAGGAGAGAAAGUGUUGAGUUGCAGUGUGUGUGGUGAAAGAUUCUCUUAUAAGUACCAGUGUAAGAAACACAAGUGCUGGUGAGAACAGCAGCAGCAAAUGAAAUUGCAGGAUUUCAAAUGAACUGUCAAGACUUUAAUUUUGACUUUCUAACAACAUCAGGACAUAUAACAUGUGUGACAUUGUUGUUUGUGUAACAAUCUUUUUCAUAUACUUCUACAUUUAUAGAUUGGAUAGUUUGAAAUAUGGAAGUAUUACAUAUUUGUAUUUCUAAUUCUUAAUAAUCCCAUAGAUUAGCCCCUAUUUAUGAUGUACAUAUUUACUGGUUCACAUCUGAAACCUCUUCUGAAACACUUCAGGAAGCAUAUUAUUAUUCACUUUAUACAUAAUUUGAACAGUUGUCUUUUAUUAACUUUUAAAAUGUGUGACUUUAUGAAUCAUUUGUUGGGUCUCUAUAAUCCAUGUUAUUAAUUAUCUUUAUUACUCUCUUUUGUAAUAUGAUGAUUGUGUUGUGAUUAUUUUAUAUGUAUAUCCCCAGACCUUUAUGCAAUAUAAAAGUGAGAGAAAAUUGCUGAAUUGUUUGUGGAAGGAUUUUUUUUUUUUUUACAAAUUUACAUUUGUGGAUAAAACACAAAUUCCCAUUAUUGGGUUUUAAACAUUUUUAAUGUGUGUUUUCUUUUUAAACAUCCCCAAAACAAUAUCAAUAUCAAUCAAAGUUCGGAGUGUCAGGCAAAAGCCAAUA